GAAUGAUAAAAGGUCAGUCAGAAAGUUUGACAGACCAGCAAAGUUUACUAUGUAUGUCUUAUCAGUGUAUCAAUUUUUACAACAAUCCAGCGUUGUCUAUGAAAGUACAGAUUAUUGAGGAUUCAAGAUAUGUUGAAAGUUUGUAUACUGUUUGUGAUAACAUUUUCAAACAGUCAUGAUUGUGCCGCCAAUAUCAUGUUCAUUACUUGUAUUAUAACAUUCACAGAAGAUGGAGAUUUUAUAUGAUAAUGAAGAUGAAGAUUUGAUUUGAAAGAUUGUUACAUGAACUAUGAUGGCAUCUUUGGUUAAUUUUAUGAGGAAGCUCUGCAUGCUCCUGCUGGCACUAAGUAUGAUUGGAACAGUGGCCUCUGCAGGAAGGUGUUUUGAAAUGUCUCCACGUAAUGACAUUUUCCUUGUUGCUGGUGGUAAACUACAACUAAAUUGCUCGCUGAAGCUACCAAACAAUGAUACUGGCUGUGUCAAUGAUGAAUUUAUACUGAAUAAAACAAGAAUACUGAAGGGUAAUGAGGUUCUUGCAGCUGAUUUAUUUAAGUAUCAUACAGCAGAGAAUACUAUAGAAAUGAUGAUUGACAAUGUAUCUGUAGAAGAUUCUGGUACAUAUAACUGUAGAUAUGGUGACAGUCAGAUGAACGAGUCAUUUAAACCAGUACACAUAGGAGAAGCACCUGGGGAGCCGAAGAAUCUUGUUUGUAUAUCCCGAAAUUAUGAAGAUCUAGCAUGCUCAUUUUCAUUGAGCAAACUGUCAAAUAUACCAAUAAAGUGGUCCAUGGAGUUCAAAAUGAUUUGGGGUUCAGAUGUGGUCAAUUGCUCAAAUGGUUUAGAUUUAAGCCUCAUAUGUGGAAAAAUGAACAAAAAUUAUUUUGGUCAGAAUUUUAGAUAUGACAUUUCUGUGAAAGGUGAAAAUAUUGACUAUGGCGUGAAAGUAAUUGAAACCUUCAAAAUACAAGCAAACAAGUCUAUAGUAAAACCAGAUCCUGUUGUCAACCUGAAUGUUACUAUAAAUAGCACCAAUAAUGUUGUCACAGUCAGUUGGCAGGGUCCAGAUGGUUUGACUACUGGUGAUAAGGUUGUUUUUGCUAUGGACUAUGAAAUAAAGAUUAAAUCAGAGUGGGAUAACUUUACUAAGAUGAUAACAAAUGCAACUGAACGCAGUAAAGAAUACAGUCUCAUAGAUCUUAUACCAUAUACAAACUAUACUGUGACAGUUCUAGUGAAGCCGUCAGCAGCUACUGGAGAUAUUUACUGGAGUGAAUCAAAUACUUUACCCUUUCUUACACCAACAACAGUGUCAGAGCGGUCUGUUUCUGUAACAACUGGCUCUUUUUUAUUGCAAGCGUGUGGUGAUGAGGCUAUGUGUCCUGUAAUUUACUGGAAGAACCCUCUAAGAAAGUUUUGGAAUGGACCAUUCAUUGGUUAUAAGAUAAAUGUUGAGGAGAUUGACAAUGAAGCAAGUUUGUCCAGCAGGCAUGGACACAUCAAGAAGAGAAACAUAUAUAUCAACCAGCCGGAAUACAGAUUGAAACGCUUGAUUGUGCCAAUGACAAAGAAUGUUACCGGGUUGUCUGUGUCCUCAUCCCUUAUGCCAUUAAGUAUGUUAGAGAAUUACAAGAUAGAUGUGACAUUGAUAAACAGUGAAGGAAUGUCCAAGAACAGCAGUGAACUUUUUAUACCACAUUGGAGCAAAGGACAAAGACUAAAACCUGAGUGGGUAUCAGUGGAGGUUGGUGAUAAAGUUGUUGACGUUUCAUGGGGUACAAGUUCCCAAAUUUGCCGCAAUAUUACAUCAGCUACUGUCUAUUGGUGCCUCAUAGAUAAUGAAAAAUCAUUCAAUGGUACACAUCCAAUGGUUCACUGUAAGGACAUUUUUGACUGGUCCACUUUCAGCAUAACAGAAGGGUGUGAAAACAGAACCAGUCGUAUAUUACAAAAAUCACAUGACACUGCUGAUUUAAGAUUCGCUGUUUCUUUGGAAACAAAUAAACUCAGUGGUGGCUUAGUGUGGGAAAAAUUUAGAUUCAAAACGAGAGCUGUUCCAGAGAGGCCAUUAUACAAGGUUGAUAGUGAAGGUAACCAGCUAGUGAUCGUAAUAUUGUACGGACAAUAUUAUAAUAGUGAAGGGGGACAACCUGACCAUUACUUGAUCUCCUACAGUGAAUGUACAGAAGAGGCAAAAUGCUUGUCAGACGAAAAGACUGAAACUUUUGUUGCUAAUUUUACAACACCAGUACACAAGAUAGAGAACCUAAAGUCUGGAUCUAGAUACAGAGUAUCUGUAACUGCUUCAAACAGAUUUGGAAAAAGCAAGGAGGGUGAACCCAUAGAAAAGAAAAUAGAAAAUGAUGAAUCGUCAGAUACUUCUCUGGUUCUAGGAGCAGUGCUUGGCUCUUUGUGUGGGGCUUUAGUUAUUGGAUUGGUUAUAGGCCUUGUGUUGUGCUGCAGAAAGAGACAUAAACAAAUGAAAGCUGACUUGGGGGUCACUGUACCGGAGCCAAAUGGUGAAGGUAACAUUGAGUUCUAUAAAAUGAUGGAGGAUGGUGAUAAUGCUAAACUAAACAACUAUCAGUCUAGAGACAACCAUGACAGUGGUAAAGGUUCAGAUAGCCCCGGUUCAAGCCUAGACCAGCAUUCAGUGCAGCUACGAGAUGAUGUGACAGAAUUGGAAGAGUUCCCUUGUCAGGAAUCAGAUUCACCAGUACUAGGUAAAAACAAUGAUAAACAGCAUCUUGUACAUGCACAGCCAAAAUCCUCACCUGUAUUGUCUGGCUACCAUAAACAUGUUUCUGAUGUGCCCAGUACUGAUCAAGGAACUAUAGAAAGUUCAGAGGAUGAAAUAGAUGAAGAUCUCCAAGAUACUCAUAGUGUUAAAAAAAUGUUAAAAGGAAACGAAAAAAAGAAAAUGCUCAAACAAGACGAAGUACCUUGCAGUGAUGAAGAUAAAUUGGCUUUAGUUGCUGAGGAGAAGAAAGAAAAUGUAAAGGAAGAAUCAAGAGAAGGUCUUAGGAUGGAUUAUAGUUUAGCAACAAUUCUAAAUGGUAAAACGGAAAAAGUUUUGAAACAUUCAAAUAUAACUGCAGGAGAAAAUGAAAAUAUAGAAAAUGAUGUGGGAGAAUUUUCUAAAAGCAGACAGGAUGUGGAAGAAAAUUAUGAUAAAGGUGAAGAUAUAAAAGUUACACCACUUAAUGGAGGAGGCGCCACCAAUGAAGUAGUAGGAGAGACUAAGAAUGUGUUAGAUACUGAGAGAAUAUCUGAUUGUUCUGAUUCAAAUGCUGUAGAUUUUGAGGACUUCAUUGAUGACCUAAAUAAGAGUUCAAAUCCCUAUAAAAAUCCAGAUGAAGUUUCACUAGGAGAUGGAUCAACAGUUAGUGACUUUUCCUGUUCAAGUAUUAUAGAUACUGGGGGCACCAGAAAUCCAGAUGAAGAUUUUGACAUGACAGACGAUGACGGAGAAAGUGCUAAAGAUGCUAAUGAUGCUAGUAUAGUUGAAGAAGACUUAAGUCACAUCAGUUCAAAUGCUGAUGAAAAGGCUGAAAAAAACAAAAAAAUAGAUGAUGAUGUAAAUCAAGAUGACAAACUGUUAGAUAGAGUUACAGAGAAAGGCAUUGAAUUAUAUACAUCACAAAAUUCAGGUAAAGCUUGUCAGGAAGAAAAUGUAGUAGAGGACGGCAAGAACACCAGCGGACCUGCCAGUUUAGAGCCGUAUAUUAAAGCCAGUUUAGGAAGCAAUGGAUUUUUGAAAUCCUCUAAAUCAAACAAAGAUGAUAUUAAUGUAGCUUUAAAGGGGGAAGUUUGUUCUAAACCUUUAAAAGGUCAAACUGAUAUCCCUGUACAAAGUUCCUUUCAAACAAACACAGAGGCAUAGAAUUCAUUUCAGUGCAAUACAUUGAGUGUUGCAUUGUUUCCUUCAACUCAGUUGAUUAUAAAAAAAACAGUUAUGAGAAAUUGUUGCUUAUCAAACAAUCAAGUAGCAUGAUACAUGAAUUAACUCAACAUGUUACAUUUAUCAUACUAUUAUAUAUAAUACUAAGCAUUCAACCACCUGCUCUGAUCUUGUAUGUGUUCAUAGAUAUUGUAAAGGCAACAAGAUUUCUGUUUGCAGUUUAAAAGCCUAUCAAGUCAUCUCAUAUUUUCACUUGCUUCUGUUGAAAUGGAUUUUAAUUUGGCACAGUGUAUUUGAAGUAUAAGUGGUUUUCAUCAUAGAAAUACUAUAAAAUGAGCUACAAAAAGCCUGCUCAUACUGCACAGAUGUGUACUUGUGGAAAAAAAACUUAUUACUUUCUGUUCAUAAUAUUGAAGUUAUUAAUAUCAUAUGAAACAAUAUCUGAAUAAUAUUGUUUGUAUUUACAUGACUUUAUGAUUAUAUGUUAAGGGAUAACAGAAACUUAAAUAUUUUAUUGAUAUGAAGGGAAUAUGGUUCAAGUGUGCUGUUCUGAAGUGUAAUAUUUUUGGAGCUGUUUGUAUAAAUUUAUAUAUCCAGGAGCUCGCUGGAAGGGCUAAUGUGUAUAUAUUAUUGUGCAAUUCAAUCUACUAAAAAAUCACUCAAAAGUAAUAUUCCUUUUAUUGUUAAUUUACUUACUGUAUUACCUACUGUAUAUUACAUGUACAUAAAGAAUAUCUAGACAAAGCUGAAGUUAAGGAUAAUUAUGCACAGUUGACUCUCGGUAACUCGAAAUCCAAGGGACUGGGCAUUUUACUUCGAGAGAAACGGAGUUCGAGUAACGUGGAUCUGCCGCCAUUACGUUGGCAUUCGUACAUGUAUAUACAUGUGCCUGAUUGAAUAUGCAAAGAAGUAGGUUUGUUUAUUUAGUUAUCUAAGUGUUAAAACCAAUUAAGUCCUGGAACCGAUUAAAGCCACUUCUACGACGUGUUAAUAAUACAUGACGACUGUCAAUUAAAAUUACUAUGAAACGUGUGAAUCACGAGUGACAUUAUAUCACAUUAAUGUCGCCGACCUUUUAUCAGUUGGCUGUUUUCACACUUCGACUAAUUGAGAUGAAAAUAUGUCGAACUUUAAUUGACGGGACCAAAUUUUCUUUUCGACUAAACAGGAGUCUCGGUAAGUCAAAAUUUGACCUAAGCGGAGUUAAAAAACAAAGAUAAAGAAGGAAUUUUGACGGGACUUUAGAAAUUCUUCGACUAACGCGGAAUUUUGAGUAAAGCGAUUUUGACUUAUUGAGAGUCAACUGUAUUUAAGUAUUGUAUAAACAUACAGUGGCAAUUUCACAUUUCCAUAGAUAUUAAAGUGUGGAAUACAGACAGAAAUGUCCUUAUUCAUGUAAAUCUUACAGUUGAAAAUGACAGUAUUUUCAUUUAAUAUUUACAUAAAUUUUAUCUCUAGUUUAAGAUUUCAUGUAAACUGUAGUUAAAAUUGUUUUAAGAUAAAAACUUGUAUCAUUGAAAUUUUUAUAAAAAAAGAGACAGAGAUAGAGAAUUAAGGGAGAAUAAAAAAAAAUCUGUUAGUUAUAUUCAUGGUUUUUAUUUGACAUUUUGGCAUGAGUCAUUUUAAGUUAUUACCUUAUAUAAAUACUAAUGCCUUAUUUACAACUGUUUAAUUGAACUGCUGAAAUUUAUGCAUGCGCAAUGAUGAAAUGAAAUGUUGACCGGUCAACAUUUUUAAUUGUUACAUGCCUGUCAAGGUCUUCAGGUAUUUCCAUUAAUGCUGCCCGGCACUAUUUGGUUAUAGAACGUUGAUAAGCUUGAUGUACGUUAGUGGUUCAUCUGUAGGAUCCAGUUGUAAACAAUUAAAACAGUUGUAAAAAUAUUAUUUGUAUGUUGUUGCAAUAUAUAUUGUAGUUUGAUUGCAAAGCAUAAGGUAGCUAAAUGUACAACAGUCAGUUGGUCAAGGCCAAGAAGGCCAGUAAAGGAUUUCUACACAAUAUUUCAAAAAUUGUUUACUUAUAUUUUUCACUAUUAAACAAUGCCAUGACUCUGUCAAGUUAUAUAACUGUGUUUAUAAUUUUUUUUGUCAAAUUUUCUGUCCAUGACUGAGUGAAUGGGUAAAUAGUUUAUGAAAUAUUGUUAUUGACAGGAAUCUGAGCUGGGGGCAUUUGUGUUUAACAAACAAAUUCUUGUUUUUUACCAUAUUUUGACAUAUUUUUAAAAUGGCAAAAAUUUAAAGAAAAUAAUGUAGAUUUUUACUGUCAGAUCUUCCCGUCAAUAUAUGUAAUUACUUCAUUUGUACUACACAAACAUUUUUUUUAUCUUAAUGAAAAUAAGCAUGAAUAUGGAGGUAUGCUGGUUUCAUUUGAUUUAUGGAAUAUAACAUUUUGAUUAUUUAAUAUUUAUAUAAAUAUAGAUACAUUUAUAGACUAAAUGCUUGGUCCAGGGUUGGAUAAUUGAUAUACACAUGUAGCAGUGUCUAUAAAAUCUCAAGCUCAUUUAUAUAUACACCUAGUUUAGUAAAGUAUAACCUCGAAAUUAAGUAAUAAAAAUUGCGUCAACAAU